AUGAAACGAAAAGGACCAACAUUUUAUCAGACUUGGCUGGAAAAGCAAAAACAAGGAGAUUGCAGCAUUAAUUUUGCAGUGUGGAUAGGAGCCAAUGACAUCAAUAAAGAAAAUUACUUCGUUUGGUCAUCUGAUAACAGUUCCUUUCUCAAUAGCACAUGGUCGCCCUCUCAGCCUAAUAACAGUGGUGAAAAUGAGGACUGCGUGGAGAUUUGGUCCUAUGACAAAUACACAAACGAUGCUCCGUGUGCAUUCCUUUCCCAUCACUUGUGUCAACUAGGAACAGCUGUCAACUUUUAUUUAGAGGAAAAUGUUUUUCAAGCAUCCACAGGUCUCCAUGGUGACUUGUGCGUAACAUCCUUGUUGCCAUCAAGUCUAUGGAGAUAUUCCUAUGACUUUGCUCGUUCCUCUGAUGCCUACAAAGUCUAUGUUUAUAUUGUUGUCAAGGCAACUGUCACUUCAGGCAGAGCUACCAAUGACACUAUACAGUGGACAUGCCAAAGUAUUGCUGGUACUGCGUUCUCAGGAUGCUUCACCUUGUUUCCCACUGACACUAACUACCUGCAUCUGCAGCUUCUCAACGAGACUGAUCCGUUUGGAGCUUAUCUUGUAGGCUAUGAUAACACUUCCUUGUUCUGUCAUCCAUUGGGUAUAGCAGACAUCAUGGAACAUAUCAAUACUAAACCUUUUCUCCAUGCGCUCUUCUUGCAACGCUUGAAAGAAAAACAAAAGAGCACGUGCGAGUCUAUGACGUCAGAAAAGCCUACUCUCGAAACCAGUAAUCUCACCACCAUCUUGUCCGUUGCUAACGACAGCAGCAUUUCCACUUUAUCUACAACUGACUCCAAUAGCGUCUUGGUCAAAUCUGCAAGUGUUGCCAUCACAACACCACAGUCAGCGACUUGGCCGAAUACUUCACCAGGUAGUACUGGACUGAGAGAGGCCAUCAUUUCCUUCCUUAAAGUUGACCACAGCGAGCUUUCGUCACACAAGAGAAAUCUCAUCUCUGCUCCAGACCCCAGAACCUCUUCUCAGAUCUGUGGAUUUAUUGGCAUUCUUCUUGUACUAUCAGUUGUUCUUUUUAUAAUCUAUCCUGAUUUGGUUUCCAUAGUUCGGAUCGUUAUAACUUUUAUAAAAUAAAAAAUUUGCUUGAAAAACUAGAAUAACCAAGUAUGUCUAAUAGAAAUGUUGGUGUCACACAUAAGGUGCAAUCAUUAACAUGGAAUUAAUUUUGUAAUUAAGUUAUACAUAUUUUAUUUUAAAUACAUUUCCCCCUACAAACCUUUUUUGAAUUUAUA